CUCGGAAAUCUACAGUCUUUACCAUUCCGGUUUUAACACAUACACAGUAUUCGCGGGAAAGCAACUUGUCGCACCUGUUUUUCUCCACAAAAAACCCACAAAUCUUCAAAGAUACAUUAAUCUUAGACAUGGGGCGUAAAUCAGCAAAAGGAAAGGAAAAGAAGAAGAAACGAAAGGAGGAGAAUGCCAAGUUAGAAGUUUCUUUGGCUAAAGUGGAGGCAGCAAACAAGAUUGCUGAUCCCUUGGAGCUGUUGUCACCAUUUAAAAAGUUUGAAAGAAAUGGUCUGAACUUGAGAAUUGAGUGCAUGAAGGUGGCCAAUAUGGAGAAAGAUCUUGUUGACUGGGCAUUCCAACUCACCAAGGCGAACAUGCAAAAACUGUAUGAGGAGAGUGACUGGGGGUGGAAGGAUAAAGAUAAGUACGCCGAAAUGACCGAGGACAGAGCUCAGUACCUUGUCGCCUUCGACGUCACGACAGGAAAACCGGUGGCCUUCACUCACUUCCGCUUCGAUAUGGAGCUCGACGAUGAAGUCGUUUACUGCUAUGAGAUUCAACUUGAAACAGAAUGUCGGAGGAAAGGUUUAGGGAAGUUCUUAAUGCAGAUAUUGGAGUUACUUGCCUUCAAAACAGACAUGACAAAGGUCAUGCUAACAACUUUUAAGAAUAACAAAGUUUCCCAGGAUUUCUUCAAGAAAACCAUGAAGUAUGAGGUGGAUGAAAUAUCACCCGACGACCCACUCUUUGACGAUGCAUAUCAUUACGAAAUCCUCAGUAAACCCACAAAAAAGUCGGCUAAACCAUCAGCCCCUGACACAACGACAGCUUCGCAGUCACAACCAGUAACAGCCAGCUGAUAGAUGGAACAGCCAAUCAAUUGAUGGAACAGCUGAAUGAGGGGACCAGUGAUGUGUGUUAGGAGUUACAGGCCGAAGUGCCUCCACCUCCAGUGACUUACAUUUCAAUAGUUGACAUUUGAUAUAGAUCAAGUGAAGAUUUUAUUUUAUUUCAAUCAAAUAUAUUUCUAUUAGACAACACAAGAUCUUUCUUGCUUCCUGCAAUGGAUCCUGACAAACAGAGUUGUAGGUACAUGUAUUGAUCAUAGUUUUAUAGGAUUAUGAAGACUUUAAAAAAGCUAGACUUUAAUUUGUGUUUGAGUUAUCUUACCUGAUAAACUAUUAUUUUGAUCAUGUUUUUGAUUCAAUAAAGUGUAACAGUAAUUACAUGUAGAUUACGUUUGAUUUUUGAAAAGUGCCUCAAUAUUUGGCUCCCCUGCCCAUCAAUUAUUCUCCUUUAAAUCCAUUCAUUACCUUCCAAAUGAAAGCUGAAUACUAUGAUACUAGUAAAUAACACAUUGUGUGGAAUUAGCAACGACACGCUGCAGCUAUUUAAUAUUUGGCAUAUUAAAUGUACACACACAUAAUUAUGGCAUAAAGUUGGAUCACAUGAUUUAUUGAUUUUAAUAAAACAAUUCUGAAAAUUUAAACUUUCCGCUGUACGUGUCGUCCUAAACUGGUAUUUAACACCUGAGUAAUUCUUUAUAUAGCCUUGCUAAUAAACCGGUUCUUAAGAACCAGGUGACACAAACAGGUAUUCGAAUGAAAACCUUAUAUAUCCGGAUAAUUAAUUCAUUAUUAUACCAAGUAGAAAUUGAUUUCUGUCUAAUUCGUCCCUCAAACGAAAGAAAUCAUAUUUCUCCUUUAAAUCCAUUCAUUACCUUCCAAAUGAAAGCUGAAUACUAUGAUACUAGUAAAUAACACAUUGUGUGGAAUUAGCAACGACACGCUGCAGCUAUGUAAAUAUAAAGAACGGGGAACUAAUGCUACUAUUAAUAUAGGAUAUAAUAACGUAAUCCAACUUCAUAUAUAUUCAGAAAAAUCAAUACAAAAAAAAAAAUACAAUAUAAUCAAUAAACAACAUGAUUACAACUAUUAUAAACCAAGUUCUUUGGAAACACUUAAACGUUCACUAAGCGGAUCCUGGACAUAUCCAUCCUUAGCAGAUUCCGAACGCCAACGUCCAUGUCUCUUGAAUAUCCUGUCCGGAAUUCCCCUCACUGCCGACGCAGUCGCUCCACCUGACCGCAAACUGUGAAGUCCAUAAACUUUGAUGUUAUCUACAAUUCCUGUAAAUGCUUCGAUGAAUAAUUCACGAACCCUGGUGUAAGACAGAGGCUUUUCACGAUUACGCAACCGGUAACCACUUCCCGAUUUCGAAAUAGCACAAAAUACAUAUUCCUCUGAAUCGUCUUGAAUCCCAGCUAAACGAAGAUACAAUUCAAAAUUAGAAACAGGACACAUAUAUGAAAAUGUUCUUGCUAUAACAACUCUUGUACCGUCUCUGUAGAUAUCAGUCUUACUAGACUCGAUGAAUAUUUCAAUAUGAUCAGGUAAAAAUUGAAUAUCAGAUCUCUUGAUAUUUAUGAGUUCGCUGCUACGUAAAAAUCCAGCGAAUGCCAACAAGACCAUACAAAUGAUUCUUUGAUUAUAAAGAUUAUUACAUUCAAACAGUUUCAAAUACAUACAACGUAAAUUUUCAACAGUUAUUGGUUCUUUCUUUUGAACAGGUUUUGCCACUAUACGUUUCCCACCUUCCAUAAUGUUUUUAACAAACUGAUUGUCAGUCGGAGAAUUGAAUCCCACAAGAUCAUGAGCCCAUUUGAUUCCAUAGAAUGCGUCAACGAUAGGGGAUGGAGAGUUUGCCCGUUGAACCAAGCAUGCUAAAUAAAUAGAUACAUGUAAAGGUUUUGAAGGAAAUAAUUCACUUUCCUCGAUUCCUUGUUCUUUUGCCCACUUCUUAAAUCUCAGGAAACUGUUACAAUAUUUGUUUAUAGUUGAAUCCGCUCGUGACGCUUGCAUAAUCCCAGGAAGUGCAUACACCUUUUCACGCAACUUUGAAGGCAACUGAAUCAAAUCUCUUUCAAAUACCUGAAAAAACAAAUUUGUAAAGGAACACCAAUAAAUAUUUUUUCGCUUUGAAAUUAUCUACCGGAUAUGUAUAAAAAUACAUAUACUUAUAUCUACAUAUCAGCUUAAUUAAGAUAUUCAGCACAUUUUCUUCAGAAAUGCAUGAAGAUAUCAGUUUGAUAAAAAACCAAACUUGCCAAAUGGCAAACCACAAAUGUGGUGAAAGAAACUUCAGUAAAUCCAUAGUGAUAAAAUAUUUAUCUCUAUUACAACAUAGCGCAAAUUGCCUGAUAUUUCUCAUACAAGUUUAUGGGAAAUAAUUCCCAAUUAAUCAAUAAAUUUGUUUAUUUUGAAGAAUUUAAAACUGCCAAAAAACAAUUUUGAAAUCAAACUCUGAAAUCAAAAACAAAUGCAAGCAUUCUAAACUUUAAAUCUUCUUUACCAAAAAUACCAGAUCCGAGUUUACCACGUGUGUAAAACUCCUUUGCUACUGGAAAAUCCUUCCAAUCUACAAUAUGUGACCUGUAAACUUCAGAAAUUAAAAUUGGCCAAAAGGCUGAUGAUUCCCAUAGCGGAGCUACUAAUGUUCCAUAUCCUUUGCAUUCGUUCAAAUUCUCCAAAACUCUUGGAAUAAGAUAAAAUGGCGGUACGAUCCAUGCAUUCAAACCUGUCCAAUUAAUAGUAAAUGCAUCAACUGCAUACGUAAAAGGAUUCCAAUACCUGGAACAAAAUUUAUCUACCUUUGCAUUGUAAUCACAAGCAAAUAAAUCAAUAUCAUACGGACCCCAUUCCCGUGAUAGGUCAUCAAAAACAGUUUUCACGAUACCCCAAUCAUCAAAGUCGACAAUUCUGCUCAAAUAAUCUGCUUGCUCAUUGAGUUCUCUUGGUAUCCAUUCAAUUUCAAUACCAAUCUUAUAUUCUAAACAAAUUUGAAAAAUGUUCAUUGCAAGAUCUUGUAAGUUAUUUUUCAUACUCCCUUUUUGAACAAUGGAAACAACAUUUGCGUUGUCUGUAAACCAUUUUAUAUUCUCACCUUUGAGAAAUUGUACAAAUGACCGAAGAACUCUAUCCACCGCGGCCAAUUCUCUCCAUGUGGAACUCAUAAUUCUCUCAGAUUCUUCCCAUAAACCAUGAGAAACAUUUUUACCUGUCCGUACGCAAUAACCGCCAUAACCAGUAUCACUUGCAUCUGUGUACACUACCAGAUUAGAACUUGGUUUAACUUUCAUAUCCCUUCUAUUCAACAUAUCUAAAGACGAUUUCCAGAAACUUAUCUGUUUUUUACUUUCCUCAGAAAUUAAAAUCAUGCUAUUCCAUGUUGGAGCAGACACAAUGUCAAUACUAAGACAUUUGGUCAUUAACUGGGCUACACUUCCGAUAACAACAGACAUAGAUAUGAUUUGUCCAACUAAACUUGCUAGUCGUCUUACCUUUAUUCUGCAAUUCUGGUUCAUAAAAUGCUCAAUUUUGAAAAUUGUUUUUUGAAUCUUAAAUACACGCUUUUCAGGAAUGUAAAUUUUCCCCAUAUUACAAUCCAAAACAACACCAAGAUACUCGAUAACUUGACAAGGGGUCCACAUGGACUUUUCCACUUUAGGCACAAAACCUGAACAAACUAAAUCAUACUGUACCUCUUUGGAUAUUUUGCAUGCUUCGUCAUACUUACUAUGGCAGCCAAACCCAUCAUCUAAAUACAUAAGUACAGUUUUACCUUCUCUACGCCAUUUCUUAACUAAGGAUCGUGUGAGUUUAGUAAAAAUAUAUGGCGCAGAUGUGAGACCAAAUGGCAAAACAUUAAAACAGAAAUAUCGAUCUUGAACACCAAAUUUCCAUGAAAAUCCUAAAUAUUUUCUAUGGUCAGGAAAAAUAUCUACAUGGUGAUAUGCACUUGUGAUGUCAAAUUUAAAACACCAACUAUUUUUAUUUGUAUACAUAAGAGCGGUUCUUAUAUCGUCAUAUUUCACAGACUGUUUCCAUACAUGCUUAUUAACUUCCCUUAAAUCUAAUAUAAGCCUUCUUUUCCCACUGGAGUUCACUGAAACAGAAAGAGGAUUAGUAACCAAAAACUCUGUAUUUUGUUCGGAUAUCAAACCGUUUUCUAAUAGCUCCAUUAUUGCUCCCUGUACGAAAACAUCUUCCUGUAAAGCAGAUUUAUUAUUAUGCGAAAAGCUCUGCUGUGGUAAAGAAUAAAAAGGUAUUUUAUAACCAUCCUGAAUAGUAUCUAUGAUAUAAUGACAAGCAUCAAUGCAUUUCCAAAAUUCAAUAUUUGAUUUUAAUCGCCCUCUAACAGAGACUUUGCCACCUUCUUUAUACUCAUAGCAUUCGUUAAACUCAUCAACACAACUUUUUCCAUCAUAAUACUUAUCUUUUAUCAAAGAUGAUUCUUUAGACUGUUUAGCCUCUCUAUUUAGCGGACUUAAGCUCCGGGCAUUCUUUUCUUUGGUGAUUGGGUUUUCCGCAGUGGAAACAGCCAAUGGGAAAUCUGGAUGCAGCUGGCAUGAUGGGGAAGCCAAAGGGCGUUGGGCCACGAAAAGGCUGUCUAGCUGGAAAAGGAAAAUAAGGAGCACUGCUCCUAACAUUAGAAUAGCUACUCUUAGAUUUCAGUUUUUCUUUUUGCUUCUCCUUUUCUUUCUUUUCUUUCAUGGCUUUAUUUUCCGCUUUAAACAUUCGUUUUUCGUCAUCCGAAUCAUCAGCCAAUGGAUUGGUUACAUAAUUUUUCACUGUACUCCACCCACAAGGUGAUGCAUCAGCCAUUUUGAUAAGUUUGUUACGUUUAUUACAAAGUUCAACUGAUUCAUGAAUAAGUUCCUUGCAAUAAUCAUAUUUAUUGUUAUUCAAGGCCCACGAAGCCUGCGUCAACGUAUCAAUAAUCUUCUCGUUAUGUUCAAAUUGAUCUUUGUUACCUGGAUGUUUCCAGACUAUCGCUUGUUCUGACUUUAACUUCUUCACUUCAGACGAUACGGAGGAAGUUGCCCCCUGUAAUUCUCUUUUAAAAUUAUCAAGUUGCAUUGCCAUAGUAUUCUCCAUGUCCAUUUUCUGUUCAUUCAUUUUGUUGAGAAUGGCUUGUAGCAUGUCUGCCUGAGCCCCGCCCGACAUCUCCUCGUUCUGCAUGCCGAAUUUAAACUUUCCGCUGUACGUGUCGUCCUAAACUGGUAUUUAACACCUGAGUAAUUCUUUAUAUAGCCUUGCUAAUAAACCGGUUCUUAAGAACCAGGUGACACAAACAGGUAUUCGAAUGAAAACCUUAUAUAUCCGGAUAAUUAAUUCAUUAUUAUACCAAGUAGAAAUUGAUUUCUGUCUAAUUCGUCCCUCAAACGAAAGAAAUCAUAUAUAUUUGCAACGAAUUCUGAAACAGUAUUACACAUGUACAUGUAAUUUAUGAAUCAUAAUACAUGUAUUUGGUAUUCCUCAUAAAUUGCCACCACAAUAAUCCACUAUAUCCUUUGUAGAAACUCUUUUAAAUUACAUUGUUAUAUGUUGGUUAUAAGUUUGAGUAAUUUUUUUUAAAAUUGUGUAAGUGUUGAAAAAAUAAAGUGAGUCUUCA